AUGGGAGAGAAUUGCAGAACCUGGACGCAUCAGGUGCAAUUUAGUGAAUCACCCAAUUCGAAUUCUUUCUGUGCUCCCUUUGAUAUGGGAAAGCAAAAUGCUGCUGCCGCAGCAAUGAACCCGGGUGUCGAUAUGAAUACAAUUUCAAGGAAUGAGGCAGUACCACCAGCUUAUACAUCCUCUGCACUACCUUAUAUGCAGUCGGGACAUUUAAAUGAACCUCAUGGUUGGUUUUAUUGUUUGCCUCGCUUUCGACAGGGUUUUACGUGUCCUCCAAACUUCAUUUCUGAGGAUAAACUCCCUCCUGCUAGUCAUUCGAAGGGUUUUAAGGAGGAAACUACACAGAAUGGGGAAUCAGGCUUUCCUCAAAAACAGUUUCUUGUCAUUGAUCAAACCGGUGAUCAGACAACUCUCAUUUAUAGUUCGAGGUUCGGUAGGCCUGUUGAGUGCCUUGGUUCAUGGGAUUCCAAAUUUCACGGCUGUAACAAUUUGAAUGCAAAUAAUGAACCUUCUUUAAGAAGAAAUGUGAAUCAUGUAGUUGGAGUUGAACCAACUUUUGAUUAUAAAGUUGAUGAAAAUGAGAAUCAUGGAAUUGAAAUUGAAAGCGAGAUGCAUGAAGAUACGGAGGAGAUCAAUGCAUUGCUUUAUUCUGACAGCGAGGGUUAUUCUACUGAGGAUGAUGAAGUUACCAGCACAGGUCAUUCACCCAGUACAAUGACCACUCAGGACAACCAGGAACCUUAUGGAGUUGGAGGAAUUGCUGAAGAAGUUGCUAGCUCCUCCCCUGGUAAAACAAAGAAACGUAAGCUAUUCGAUGUGGCUUAUGACGAUGUGCAGUUUAUGGACACUGCAAAUUCUGUAAAACGAAACCGACCCAGCGACCUCAAUCAGAAUGACGGUGAUGACGACGAUGCAGAAUCAAGAUACUCUGGUAGCAAUUAUGGUCAAGGGUCUGGCAAAAUGGGUUCUUUAGCCGACACUAAGAAGAUGAGAAAAGAAAAGAUUCAAAAUGUUCUAAGCAUUUUGCAGUGCAUAGUACCUAAUGGGAAAGACAAGGACCCAAUCCAGCUUCUGGAUGAUGCCAUACACUGCUUGAAUUCUUUGAAACUCAAGGCUAGAGCUCUCGGUCUCAAAACCUUGUAA